AUGUUCCACUCAGCAAAACCAUACUCGGCUGUGACCGUUCAGAUUGAAGUGCUCACCAGUGAGCAAUACGAGAUUGAAGAUUCGAGUGGAAUUGUCGACCUCAUCGAAGCGAUUCGCAUUCAGAGCAGCGGACCGACUGAAGCAAGUCGUGCGUUGCGUAAGAAACUUAAAUAUGGCAAUCUGCAUCGCCAGCUGAGAGCUCUUACUAUUCUUGACUUUCUGAUACAGAAUGCCGGAGAUCGAUUCUUGCGAGAGUUCGCAGAUGAACCACUGUUGGAACGUCUACGAAUCGCAGCCACCGAUCCAGUAUCUGAUCCCUUGGUCAAGCAGAAGUGCAAGCAACUUUUUGGGCAAUGGGCAGUAUCCUACAAGGACACACCGGGGAUGGGAGGUGUGACAGCACUUUACCGGCAGCUUCCAAAGCGCAAACAGCCCGCCACCCAGGCCAAGGCGAAAGUUCUCCGUGAUACUGGUAAUACGACUACCACUGAGCCGCAACUGGGCCAUACGGUCUCUAUUUCCGUAGGAAACGGCCCUAGCACUGUCUUAAGCAGUCCCAAGCACAAACAUACAUCGAGCAAAUCUUCUUUCAAGAGAGACAAGAAAGAAAAGGAGAAAAAAAUACUUAACAGGUCGUUCAAUUUGGAGAAGGAGAAGCCGGAGAUGCUACAGACACUCGCGUCUUCCUCGGUCGCUAGUACCAACCUUCUGAAUGCGCUCAAGCGUGUGAAUCGAGAAACGCACCGGGUGAGCGAAGAUGCGGAAUGUCUCAACCGGUUUGAGACCUGCAAGCUCCUUAGACGGCAGAUUCUCCGGUACAUUCAGCAUGUUGAGAGCGAGGAAUAUCUGGGAAGUCUUAUCCACGCCAAUGAGGAGCUGGUUACUGCUCUUAUGGCGUUCGAAGUCCUGGACAAGAGUAUAGACUAUGAUAGCGACAGUGACCAGGAUGUGCUUGAAAGCGGCUGGUCUCCUGACCGAGACGAUCUCAAUGAAUCUUUUGCCGGACUGGUCGUUAACCCUCCCAAACCUCCUCGGCCUCCUCGACCUUUGAGCAUAUCCGUACCGUCAUCCUCGCAGCACAAGUACAUUAGUGCCAGUGAGUCCGAGACCGAUCAGGACGACGACGACGAGAACAACCCAUUUGGCGACAGAAACGCUAUCCGCACCCCUGGUUUUGAGAAGACUGAGCCUACAUGGUAUCAAUCACUCCAACUACCACAACGUAUCCGAAGAGAAGAAAUGACCGCCCCAGUCACCGAAAUCGCGCUCCUGCGCUUAAAAUCUCAGCCUCCCUCCGCAUCAUUCAAAGCACUCCUCCUCGAAGGCAUCAAAGCGCAAGCCGAAUUCUCCUCUUACCCCGUCCGUAUUUUCUUCCAAGUCGAGGAUCCCUCGCUCAUCUACCUCAUCGGAGGAUGGGACUCGGCGCAACAGCACUACGAAGAUUGGAUUCCCUCGGCUACAAAUCAGGAAAUCAUGAAACAGCUCUCGGGAGAGAUGGAGCUGGUAUGGUUGCUUCAUGUGGAUGGUGAUGCAGUGCGACAGGGGGAGUUACUGACCGAAGCACCUGUUGUCGCUGUGGGGCGGUAUUUCAUGAGCGCUGAGAAGAAAGAGGGGUUUAGCCGGGUUUUCGGGGAGGCGCAGCAUCAUCUAGAGGAGUUCACGAAGCCGUUACCUAUCUUCAAGGGGUGGAAGAUUGAGAAGGAAGAAGGGAAGGAGGAGUUUGUGCUGUUUAGUGGGUGGACAGAGGUACAGCAGCAUCUCGACUUUGCCCAGUCAGAAGGGUUCCAGGAAUUUUCGAAGAUCAAAGAGUUUAUGGACUCCUCGGAGAUCAAGCAUAUUGUUCGAUGGGAGGUUUAG